AUGGAGGCUGAAAAGGAGCGCUUUCCUAGACCAAGGCAAGUUCUGCUUCUCUUUGUUAUGCUGUCUCAGACUUGGGCGGAGCGGAGAGGUUAUACUGUAACAGAAGAAACAGAGAGCGGUUCUUUUGUGGCCAAUCUAGCAAAGGAUCUAGGGCUAGGGGUAAGAGAGAUGUCCUGGCGGAGGGCUCGGGUAAUUUUUAACAAUGACAAAAACCAUUUUCAGCUAAACCUUCAUACCGGAGAUCUGCAAGUAAAUGAAAAACUGGAUCGGGAAGAACUAUGUGGCUCUGCUGAGCCUUGUGUGCUGCAUUUCCAGGUGUUGCUGGAAGAACCUUUGGAGGUAUAUAAGUUUAAACUUUUGGUUAGUGACAUAAAUGACAAUUCCCCCGUGUUCCCAGAAGCAGAAAUGAUUUUGAAAAUCAUGGAAAAUACUCCUCCAGGAACUGUGUUUCCCCUAAAAAAUGCACAAGACUUGGAUGUCGGCAUUAAUAACAUUCAAAACUACACCAUCUACCCCACCUCCCAUUUCCAUGUUCUCACCCACAACGGUAGUGAGGGCAGGAAAUACCCGGAGUUGGUUCUGGACAAAUCCCUAGACCGAGAGGAGCAGACUGAGCUCAGGUUAACUCUCAUGGCAGUAGAUGGCGGAGCUCCUCCCAAAAGUGGGACCGCCCUGGUCCUCAUUGAUAUCUUGGACAUCAAUGACAACGCCCCUGAGUUUGCACAGCCACUCUAUCAAGUGCAGAUCUCAGAAAAUAGUCCCCUUGAAUCCCUUGUUGCCACUGUUUCUGCUAGAGAUUUAGACACGGGAAUAAAUGGUGAAAUAUUUUACUCAUUUUUUUAUAGUGAUGAAGAGAUCGUCAAGACAUUUGCACUUAAUGAACUAACGGGAGAAAUUAAAAUAAUUAGAAAAUUAGAUUUUGAAAAAAUUGAGUCAUAUGAGAUGGAUAUUAAAGCCUCUGAUGGGACAGGUCUUUCUGGAAAAUGCACUGUCAUAAUACAGGUGGUGGAUAUCAAUGAUAAUGUCCCAGAACUGACCAUGGUUUCAGUCCUAAACCACAUCCCCGAAAAUUCUCCUGAGCUCACGGUAGCUCUUUUCAGUAUUCAAGAUCGAGAUUCCGGGGAAAACGGAAAGAUGGUUUGCUCAAUUCAGGAUGAUCUUCCGUUCGUGCUGAAACCUUCCGUUGAGAAUUUCUACAGGCUGGUAACAAAGGGAGAGCUGGACAGAGAGAUUAGAGCCGAGUAUAACAUCACGAUCACGGUCACUGACUUGGGGACCCCGAGGCUGAAAACCGAGCAAAACAUAACCGUGCUGGUCUCCGACGUCAAUGACAACGCCCCCGCCUUCACUCAAACCUCCUACACCCUGUUGGUCCCAGAGAACAACAGCCCCGCCCUGCACAUCGGCAGCGUCAGCGCCACAGACAGGGACUCAGGCACCAACGCCCAGGUCACCUACUCGCUGCUGCCGCCCCAGGACCCGCACCUGCCCCUCGCCUCCCUGGUCUCCAUCAACGCGGACAACGGGCACCUGUUCGCCCUGAGGUCGCUGGACUACGAGGCCCUGCGGGCGUUCGAGUUCCUGGGCGCCACAGACCGAGGCGCCCCCGCGCUGAGCAGCGAGGCGCUGGUGCGCGUGGUGGUGGUGGACGACAACGACAACUCGCCCUUCGUGCUGUACCCGCUGCAGAACGGCUCUGCGCCCUGCACCGAGCUGGUGCCCAGGGCGGCCGAGGCCGGCUACCUGGUGACCAAGGUGGUGGCGGUGGACGGCGACUCGGGCCAGAACGCCUGGCUGUCGUUCCAGCUGCUCAAGGCCACGGAGCCCGGGCUGUUCGCCGUGUGGGCGCACAACGGCGAGGUGCGCACCGCCAGGCCGCUGAGCGAGCGCGACGCGGCCAAGCACAGGCUGCUGGUGCUGGUGAAGGACAAUGGCGAGCGUCCGCUGUCUGCCAGCGUCACGCUGCACGUGCUCCUGGUGGAUGGCUUCUCCCAGCCCUACCUGCCGCUCCCGGAAGCGGCCCCGGACCAGGCCCAGGCCGACUCGCUCACCGUCUACCUGGUCGCCUUGGCGUCGGUGUCCUCGCUCUUCCUCUUCUCGGUGCUGCUGUUCGUGGCGGUGCGGCUGUGCAGGAGGGACAGGGCGGCCUCGGGGGGUCGCUGCUGGGUGCCUGAGGACCGCUUUCCGGGCCACUUGGGGGACAUCAGUGGCACCAGGACCUUGUCCCAGAGUCACCAGUAUGAGGUGUGUCUGAGGGAAGGUUUAGGGACCAGCGAGUUCAAGUUCGUGAAGUCUGUUAUGCCCAGGCAUGACGGUGCUAUGAAUGACAUGGAGGAAAAGUUCAACUUUGUAAAGGGUUUUGGAUUUAAUUUGAAAUCUGUUGAGUUUUCAGAAUAUUCAGGAUAA